AUGAAGGUAGUCCUCGCCGCCGCCAGUCGCGGCGAGAUCUCCCCGCCGUGCCACGCCUGCGUGCCGAGCACCACACGCGACGAGCUCGCUCUGGGCAUUUAUCUCGGCCACAACUACGGCGUGGCGGUCAACUACCUAGACAAUGGAACCGCCGUGACGCUGGCCAAGGUGUCGGCGCAGCCCGAGUAUUCUGAGCUGAUAGAGCGCCUCAUCAAGACGAGACCAACGGGCGAAGACCGCAGGGAUCAGGGCCGCUUCUCGCCCCUCCUCCGAACCGUCCAGCGAACGCUCGGCUUCGCCACCACGAACGAGACGGCUAUCCUAGGCCGUAUGGUAUCAGAUCUUCGGAAAGCGUCCGAGAAGGCGCUCGGAAGGGGCAUUCGGGGGCAAAGAGUCUCCGUGACCGCGCCUUGGCAGCCCGUUUGGAGGGACGAGGACAAGAACGACUGCGACAUCAACGACGCCCUCUACACCGGAGGCCUGAAGCCCUGGGACCCAGCCUCCCCUGCGCCGCUGUACCUGAGCGAGGUGAGGGCGUCGCUUGGCGCCAGCGGAAGAAUCUUGUGCGGGAAGUCCUACGGCUGCGAAGGGUUUACUCGCGAUCCUGAAGACGUGUCCCAGUACAUCUUUUAUAUCAGCUUCACGAACCAAUCGCUCUACACGACCUUUAUCCAAGGUGGCUGCUUCUACAACUCCCCGCAAAUUCUGGGACGAGAUGAGGAGCGGCUCCUCACGCGCGGCGCCUACUUCAAGCGCUGGAUCAAGAGCCGCAACUUCUACACCAUCAAGCCCACCAUCCUCGUGACGGGCGAGGCGGCCAACCACCCCGAGCUCGUCCCCAUUCUCGAAAAGAUCGCGUCGAGGCUGCCCGUGAUACUCCCACAGGGCGAAGACGCGGGGGCCGCUCUUUGGUCAAGGAUGAAGCUGGAGGAGGGCUCCUAUUGCAAGACGGCGCAGUGUUGUGAGCGAGCGGAGAAGCCGAAGGAGGGUGGUGACAAGGAACGCGAGGAGCUGUGA